AUGGUCUCCAGCCCAGAUCCGGAGCAACCAGCCAUAGCCCCUGUUCACAUGGGUUUAUCAAAGGAAAUCUGUAUUCAAUUUCCUACACAUUGGUUCUUGUCUGAGGAUCCUGUAUCAGUACAGAGGUCUAGCGCCAUCACCAAUACAACCACAGCUCCAUCAGACACAACCACAGUCCCUACCCCCAUACAACCACAGCACCAUCACCAACACAACCCUAGCGCCAUCACCAAUACAACCACAGCUCCAUCAGACACAACCACAGUCCCUACCCCCAUACAACCACAGCACCAUCACCAACACAACGCUAGCGCCAUCACCCACACAACGCUAGCGCCAUCACCAAUACAACCACAGCUCCAUCAGACACAACCACAGACCCUACCCCCAUACAACCACAGCACCAUCACCCACACAACCACAGUCCCUACCCCCAUACAACCACUGCACCAUCACCAACACAACCGUAGCGCCAUCACCAAUACAACCACAGCACCAUCACCCACACAACCACAGUCCUUACCCCCAUACAAACACAGCACCAUAACCAACACAACCACAGCUCCAUCACAGACACAACCACAGUCCCUACCCCCAUACAACCACUGCACCAUCACCAACACAACCCUAGCGCCAUCACUAAUACAACCACAGCUCCAUCAGACACAACGACAGUCCCUACCCCCAUACAACCACAGCACCAUCACCCACACAACCACAGUCCUUACCCCCAUACAAACACAGCACCAUAACCAACACAACCACAGCUCCAUCACAGACACAACCACAGUCCCUACCCCCAUACAACCACAGCACCAUCACCAACACAACCCUAGCGCAAUCACCAAUACAACCACGGCACCAUCACCCACACAAUCACAGCGCCAUCACCAAUACAAUCACUGCACCAUCACCAACACAACCCUAGCGCCAUCACCAAUACAACAACAGCUCCAUCAGACACAACCACAGCUCCAUCACCCACACCACCACAGCCCCUACCCCCAUACAGCCACAGCCCCAUCCCCAACACAACCACAGUCCCCACCCCCAUACAACCACAGUACCAUCACCAACACAACCGCAGCGCCAUCACCAAUUCAACCACAGCACCAUAACCCACACAAUCACAGCGCCUUCACCAAUACAACCACCGCUCCAUCAGACACAACCACAGUUCCUACCCCCAUACAACUACAGUCCCUACCCCCAUACAACCACAGCACCAUCACCAACACAACCACAGCGCCAUCACCAAUACAACCACAGCUCCAUCACAGACACAACCACAGUCCCUACCCCCAUACAACCACAGCACCAUCACCCACACAACCCUAG